AUGGCAGGAAUCCAAGAUGUUUCAUAUUCUCAAAUUGCAGAGAGAGCAUUAGUUGCAGAACAAGCUGAACAAAGAAUUAGUCGUGCUCAAAGUCAGAAGCCUAAGUUUCAACCGAGACAAGGACAACAACAUUGGGGUCAGGGCAAACGUCCAACGAUAGAUCAAGGAAAAGCCUCAAUAGCACAACCAUCUUGCCCCAAAUGUGGUGGACAGCAUACUGAAGCAUGUCCUACAGAGACUAGGACAUGUUAUGUUUGUGGAAAGGUAGGACAUCUUGCUAGAGCAUGCCCAGGUAAUCCAAAUCCUAUGGAGCAAAAAAAGGUAUCGGCCAAAGUGUUUACUAUCACAAGAUCAGAUGCCGAGGUAAAUCGAUCAGUUGUAAUAGGAAAAUUCCCUAUUUUUGGUAUCCCAACACUUUUACUGUUUGAUUCAAGGGCUACGCAUUCAUUCGUUUCCAUUGAGUAUGUGAGGAGGUUGGGUAGGACACCUGAUAUGCAACAGGUCAGUUAUAGUGUAACUAUCCCAUCUGGAGAUGUACAACAAACCAAUCUGAUUGUAAGAGCAUGUGUGAUCCUUAUAGAAAAUUGGGAGCUCUGUGCAAAUUUAAUUGUGUUAGAUAUGAAAGAUUAUGAUAUAAUUUUGGGUAUGAAUUGGCUGUCAAGAUAUCAAACCACUACAGAUUGUAAGAGGAAGUCAGUAACCUUUCAACUUUUGGGGAAUGAGCCAUUUACAUUCAUUGGGAUAGAAAAAGUUCCAACCAUAUCGCUAUUGAAAGUACAAAGGUUACUAGAUAGUGGGUGUGUAGGGUAUUUGGUGAGUGUUAGGGCUAUUGAAGCAUAA